AAUGUCAAAAUUUUUGUUCACAUUCAUUCAAUUUCAAAUAACAUCUGGCUCCUUGCGGACAAAAAAUAUUACAGCUAAAAUGUCUAAAAGAAGUGGUUUUCAUAGAGCUCCAAAAUUUAAACCUGAAGUAAAAGCUUCAAAGAAUCGCCCCCAUAACUCUGUUACCAUGACUAGUAGGAAAGAGAAAGUUGAGGUUCUUCCUGAACCUAUCAAGUCUCCUUCUGAUAAGAAACUUUACAAGACUAUAAGGUUAGAGAACGGUCUAACAGCGCUGCUCAUAUCAGAUCCCAGUCGGCAGUUUGUUAGUGACGAGAACAUGUCAAGUGAAGACGACACAAGUGGCUCUGAAGUGAGUUCCGGGUCUGAGAGUGAUGGCAGUAAGUCAGUCCAGUCUGCAGCCAGUGACCAGCAUGGUGCCAAAAGACGCUCAGAAUUAGAUGAGGAAAAACUAGGCUGUCGACAAAGACGCAAUAUGUUUAGAUUCAUGAAGAGUACGUUUGAUCUAGUCACUAGGAAACGAUGCAAGAUAUUACUAACCCAACUUUCACUUGACACGGCAGCAUGCGCGCUUUCAGUCGGAGUGGGCAGCUACAGCGACCCUCCGGACAUACAGGGCUUGGCGCAUUUCGUCGAACACAUGGUCUUUAUGGGCAGCGAGAAGUAUCCCAAGGAGAAUGAGUUUGACUCAUUUAUUAAGAAAAAAGGGGGUUCCGACAACGCGUCUACGGACUGCGAGUUAACAACAUUCUACUUCGAGAUUCAAGAGAAGCAUCUGCCCCACGCGAUGGACAUAUUCAGUCAGUUCUUCGUUAGUCCGCUCAUGAAGAAAGAGGCCAUGCAGAGGGAAAAAGAGGCGAUACAGUCAGAGUUCUCGAUCGCGUCGCCGUCGGACUCAAACCGCAAGGAGCAGCUGCUGGCGAGCCUGUUCCCCGCGGGGCACCCGGCGCGCACCUUCACGUGGGGCGACGAGCGCAGCCUGCGCGCCGAGCCCGCCGCGCUGCACGCCGCCGCGCACGCCUUCCGCCGCCGCCACUACAGCGCGCACCGCAUGACCGUCGCCGUGCAGGCUCGAAUGGACCUUGCGGCACUAGAACAAUACGUUAUAAAUACGUUUGGACAAAUACCUACUAACAAACUGCCGGCCGACGAUUUUACAGAGUAUGCCUUCAAACCCGAGAUGGUUUUACCGGAGUUCAAGAGUAUUUUCUACGUGAAACCAGUCAGUGAUACUACUGAAGUGCAUUUAACAUGGUGCAUGAGAUCGUUGCUGUCGGAAUACGAGUCAAAACCCCAUCAGUAUAUAGCCUACCUACUGGGCCACGAAGGCAAAGGUAGCUUACUCUCGUAUUUGCGGAAUAAAGUAUGGGCGCUUGGCAUCUACACGGGAAACACUGAAAGCGGUAUUGAUUAUACCUCCAUGUAUAGUUUGUUCUCCGUACACGUUGUACUCACUAAAGACGGACUGGAUCACGUUGACGAGGUUCUUGAAGCGAUAUUUUCUUACAUCCACAUGCUAAAGAAAAUUGGGCCCUCAGAAAGAAUAUACAAAGAAUUAAAGACGAUAGAAGAGACAAGUUUCCGUUUCGAGACGGAGUCCCAGCCUUCAGAUUAUGUAGAAACCCUGUCUGAAAAUAUGCACUUUUUCCCGCCGGAGCACUACAUUACUGGCGACAAGCUUUACUACAAGUUUGAUCCUAAGGGUAUCACGGAACUACUGGACUGCAUGACUGCUGAUAUGGUGAAUGUCAUGAUACUGUCCAACAAGCACUCUGUUCCCAUAAAGUAUGAUUCCAAGGAGGAGUGGUUUGGUACUGAAUACAAAAGAAUCGACAAACCAGCAGCCUGGCUCGAGAAAUGGUCGUCAGUGGAGCCCUUCACAGAUUUCUAUUUACCGGAGAAAAACAUAUAUAUUACCACAAACUUUGACUUGCUACCACCUGCACUGCCCUAUGAAGAGGAGGCUGAGAGGCUUGGGAUAGAUCUCAAGAAUAGUUCAAUUAAAGACAUAAAUAAGAAAACACCUCCAGACGAGAAGACCACCAAAGUAUUGUCUCAAGGAGAGUUGAUAGCUACUGUUAAUAACUUUAGACUGGACCAGCCCAACCUGCUCCGCAAGAGUCGCCACUACGAGCUGUGGUACAAGCCGGACUUCAAGUUCCGCCUGCCCACCGCGCUGCUCUACUUCUACUUCAUCACGCCUCUCAGUCUGCGAUCUCCACGCGAUGCGUGUCUGAUUGACCUCUGGACUGAUGUACUACAACAAGGACUAAAGGAAGAUGUAUAUCCGGCAAACAUGGCUGACCUCAAUCAUUACCUAUACGUUUCUGACAAAGGGCUGACAUUAAAAGUUACCGGCUACAAUCAAAAUUUACACCUGCUGGUGGCGCUAGUGAGCCGCUCGCUGCGGGAGGGCACCGGCGCGCUGUCUCCCGCCAUGUUCCUGGCCGUGCGGGACGUGCGCGCGCGCCUCUACCACAACGUGCUCAUCAAGCCCGUCAAGUUGGCCAAGGAUGUCCGGAUGGAUAUUCUAUUAGAGCCGUAUAUAUCGCCGCGUGACAAAGCAGCUGUAAUACAUGACAUAACUUUGUCAGAGCUUCAAGAAUUUACGGAAAAACUACUGGACAAAUUAUAUGUACAGGUGCUGAUACAAGGAAAUAUGCCUUGGUACGAAGCCAUCCAAAUAUCCGAAAACGUACUGGAAACCAUCAAAUGGCAACCGCUGGCGGAGAACGAAUUCCCUGAAAUCGCAGUGCACCAGUUGCCGCUGGGCGAGCGCAAGGCCCGCGUGGCAAGCUUCAACCGCGCGUCCACUAAUAGCAUCAUUACCAAUUACUACCAAGGUAGCGUUGCCACGCCCGCAGAUACCGCCACACUCGAGGUCGUCAUGACGAUGAUGGAGGAGCCUGUGUUUGACGUGUUACGCACCAAGGAGCAACUCGGAUACAGCGUCUUCAGCAUGAUGAGGUACACCUUUGGUGUGCUCGGCUUCUCUGUGACAGUGAAUACGCAAGUCGACAAAUUCAGCGUGGCGCACGUGGACAAGCGUAUCGAGGCGUUCCUGAAGAAGUUCGCGCGCGACACGCGGCGCGGCGGGGAGCGCGCGGUGGCGACGGCGCGGCAGGCGCUCUCGCAGCUCAAGCACACCACCGACUACGAGCUCAAGGAGGAGGUCGAGAGAAAUUGGCGUGAGAUAGUUAACCGAGAGUAUCAAUUCCAGAGGUUGUUUAUAGAGUCAGAGGCAAUCGAUCGAGUCCGACUCGCAGAUGUUAAGAAGUGGAUCGACAAUCACUUCUCCACCGGAAAUCAGACUCAUUUCAGGAAACUAUCCGUACAGAUAGUGGGAAAUAAAAAGGCGAAAGAUGAAACAAUAAAGGAAGAAGAGAGUCAACAGAAGAAUUUGUCUCUUCAAUAUAGCGGUGCUAGCCAAAGUUCCAUGGGCGAUUCAGAUGAAAACGACGCUGAUUUCAUCAAAGACAUACAACAGUUCAAGAAAGAUUUGCCCAUUAUACACGUGCCUAAAGUCCAAUUAGCUCAAUUAUAAGUUUUUACAAUGUUAAAAUGUAUGGUUAUAUCGACCGAAUGUGACUUAUGGUGUUGAUACUUACAUUAAUUGUAAUUAGUGUUAAUUAAAUAUUCGUAUUUUAUCAGACAGCUUGAUAUUUUUUUAUAUAUACACAAUGUAUUUUAUGUAAUAUAAUUUUUAUUAAUAGAAAAUUCGGCUGACGUAUUAGUAACUCUACUUAUAGACUGUAAAUAUGGAUGUGUUCAAGAUAAUAGGUUAAUAUAAAAAAUUACCGUUUAGUAAAAUAGCUUGUUGUACCUUUUUUUCACGAUCAUUAAAAUAGUUUAGUUUUUGACUUUUUAAACUUUUAUUUAAUGGUAAUGUGCAAUGACGUAUAAUAACUUGAAAUACAUAUAAUAACAAUAAUUGUACUAAUGUUGUAAAUAAAAUUGAACUUUAUUUCGUGAUGUUUAACUGUUAAAACUGUCACUUAAAUGCAAUAUGACUGUAUAAUUUAUACUUAAAAAUUACAAAAAAUGUUGACUCUU